CCCGAGACAUCCUCCUCCAUCCCCCACUCCUAACUCGUUCACGAGUACUCGCUAACGACCCCAAUCCUCCUAACCCUCUCCUCCCUCCUCCCUCACUCGCCAACCCCCUCCCCCUACGCCUGCAGUCGUCCACUCUACAAUGUCCGGAAACCAGGCUGUCGGUAUCAACCCCCCGAAUGCCGUCGAGCACUUGACGACGCAAGCCUCGGAUUGGCUUUGGGCGGCCUUCUCCUUCAUGGCGGUCUGCUUCUUGGCUACCCUUGGUUGGAGUGUCAUGAGACCCCGUGGUACUCGUCUGUUCCACGAGAUCGCUGCAGUUGUGCUCUUGACUUCCAGUCUUGCCUACUUCUCGAUGGCGUCUGACCUCGGCGCGACGCCGGUGGCUGUCGAGUUCCGUGGCGAUGGCGGCGACCCUACCCGCCAGAUUUGGUAUGUCCGGUACAUUCAAUGGUUCAUCAACUUCCCCUUGCUACUCCUCGAGGUCCUGCUUGCGACCGGCCUCCCGCUUUCGGACAUUAUCACCACGCUCUUCAUGAGCAUCGUCCUCGUCAUCUGCGGUCUUGUCGGUGCGCUCGUGCACAGCACCUACAAGUGGGGCUACUUCACCUUCGGCUGUAGCGCGCUGCUCUGGCUCUGGUACGUGCUCCUCUGGCACGCGCCCUCCACCCAGUUCGCCAACGGCGGCAUCGUGCGCCGGGGCUACUACCUCGCAGCGGGCUACCUCGCCUUCAUGCUGAUCACCUACCCGAUCUGCUGGGCGUGCGCGGAGGGCGCCAACGUCAUCACCGUCGACGCCGAGAUGAUCUGGUACGGCAUCCUCGACUGCCUGACCGCGCCACUCUUCCUCGCGAUCAUCCUCUGGCAAGUGCGCGCCGUCGACUACAGCGCGUUCGGCUUUCAUUCCGGAAAGUUCGUCGACCACGCCGCCGCAUCGGAGAAGCGUGGUGCGCAGCAAGCGUGAAACGGCUCCCUCUGCCCCUGCGAGUUUCCCCAACUCAUUUCUUCCUCUUUGAGCGGCCUCAAUGUUGAUGAACUUAUGAGUCCAUGACACGAUACGAGAAAGUCUAAUGCCCAUUGUACACAACCAUCUUUUCGUCACGUCAUACUAUCGUAGAGCUGUAUCACUAUUAGUAUCUCUGGUAUCUUACGGUCACCUUUAGUCGCCUCCAAUGUAAUGUCGCAUACCUUGGUAUUUAUACCAUUUGUGCC